ACCGCAUUUUAUUUUGAAAGUCGAAAGCGGAAGUUGUAAUUCCUCCGUGGGUGACAGGAAUUGGCUCGUGGUGCUGAUGUUGUUAUUUAAGCAGCAUCUCCGCUGUGAACUGACACCUGGGUUAGAGGAGCACUAAAACUCCCCCCGCUUUAAAACUACAGUAGGAUUUAUUCGUAGAGGCUCUGGAGGGGAGAAAAACAGACAUUUUAUAUCUUAUCAAAAGUCGUCACUGCGUUAUUAGCCACGAGAUGCUAAUGACAUUGAGGCUAACUGGUUAGCAGGGAGCGUGCUUUCGUCUAAUUUAUUUACAGGGCAGAAUAGAUUAAAAAGAUCCACAACAAGUGAUCGUGAGAUUGAUCACAGCUAAACCAUGUUUUGUGACCUCUAAAAGCAGCAGUCUGAAGAAGCUGACAUUAAUUUGUAUUUGUGAUUAACCUGGACUGAAUACCUGCGGACCCUGACGAGAUGAACACGCCACUCGGGAGGAAUGGUCUGAUCGGGCUGGCAGUCGGAGCCACAGCCGGAUUGGGAUUGAUCGCUUUUUUAAUUUACCGGGAGAUUAGCCGGAGGAAAUCCCAGACCCUGCUGAUGGAGGCCCGGACAGCUCCCCGGUUAGCUCCCCGGCUGUUGGAGGGGGUGGACGGUGGUGCUCUUCUGCGGGAGGCGUUGGAUGCUCAGGGUGGGUGGUCUCUGCUCUGCCUGUCACUGACAACACAAUACAUGACAGUGGGAGGAAAUCCAUGGUUAAACUAACUCUGGAGCUCAGUCUAAUGUUGUGAUGGGCAGAGCAGUUCUUUUAAAUGUACUGAAUCAUUGGAAUCAGUUCACUAAAAAGAUUUGUUCAAAAGAUUCGUUCACCACAUCAUCGUAUCACUUUACACUUGGCGGGAGAGGCCUGCAACGCUGACCUCCUGAACUGAUACACAGCUGAACGAUUCAGGAUUCAGUUCAAUUCAUAGUUUCUAGGACUGGGAGACGAGAGUGUUUGGCUGUGUUGCUUUGGCAAAAGUCUUGAUGUUUUAAGUGUACAAUCCUACUGUAUACCAUUUAUUAGGUCUGCUCGGUAAAUUGGGAUCAGUGAGUGAUUCGUUCAUUAAUCGUUUAGAUCGUUAAACACUGAACAUGAACUGUUCCCUCACAAACCGCUGCAGUGAUAGGAUGCUGUGGGUUUAAUGCACUAUUUGUUAGUUUUGUCUGACCAAAAUGAUUCCAGAGAGUGUACUUCAAUGCCUGAUUUGUUCACCAAAUGAUUCAGGCGUUGGUGCAUGUGGUUCCUCGUUCACUGGCUGCUGGCCUGGCAAUGCUGUUUCUCAUUUCAGCUCAACCGAAGAGAAACAAACAAAUCACUAGAGGAAGUGAUACGGUUCAGUAUGUUCACUUUAAAGAGUCGGUUCUUUUGAACGAAUCGUUUGUGAAUGACACAACACUAGUCCAAUGCACUCGAGGGCUGUGGCUGAGUCCCUAACCCCUAAUCCCCAUAUGGGGUUUCAACAUAAAGUUGACUAUGUAGUGAGCUCAAUCACCGGAGGUUUCAGACACUACAUGGCAUGACGCAAUGCAGGACGGGAUGCCCACCACCGGUGAGUGACCAUCGGAUGGUCACUACAUUUUGCAAUGCUAGCUUAUUAUGGUGGUUAUUAUUAUGGUUAUUAUUUACUGGAAAAUUUCCACCCCUUUGCAACCCUACAUAUAGCCCACAAUUAUUGAUACACUGCUCCUGAUAUAAUCCAGGUUUUAUUAGAGACCAAUGAUUACAGACAUAGUCAACCUUACUAGUUAGCACUAUUUGGUGUAGAUGGCCACACCAAUGAUUACUAUAGGCCCAUGUGUUGUGUCUAAGCUAUAGUGCUCUUUAGGUCAGAGAAAGUAGGCAGAUUAACAACAGAAAACCAAAGGGGAUCUGGCUCCAGAUGGACUUGAUUGCAAAGUCCAAACCUGCAUGUCUCAUAUUCUGUAUCCCCUUUUUCUCCCCUCUGCAGAGGCAGAAGCCCAGCAGCAGACUCUGGCAGUGGUGGAGGCGGUGGUGCAGGGUCUGUCUCCUGAGCAGCAGCAGGAGCUGAGGAACCAGCUGGAUCAGGUGCUGAACACUGUGGCAUCUCUGAGAUCAGAGGUGGCCGAGCUGAGAGGCGGCCUGCAGGACAUCGCUGUGCAGAUCAUCCAGGAUGUCAAGUGAGAACCUUCACAUGUUGCUGUGCUACAUAGAAGCUCUUCCUACAAUCACAGCAGCCAGUUUUAUUUAUUAAAACUUGCAGACUGAUGCUGAGAUGACGCACAUUUUGGUUUGUAUUUUGCACAGAAGUAAGAAUUACCAGGAUGUUGCAGUAAUGGUGUUAAAAAUCAGAAGUUACGGAUGUCAUAUGAAUCAUAUAUUUGUGCCUUGCCUUGCGUUUCUUUCAGGAAGGGAGUUGAGGACAGCCAACGGGUCCGACGACGACGGCAUGUUAUCCACAGGGAGCGCACUGACUCCAACAGCUCCAGCUCCAUCUACUUCACUGCCAGCCAGGGGGCCAGCAACUAUGAAGAGACCAGUGAAGGAGGGUAUGUAAAGGGCUGCUGUUAGUAAAAUUAAGUUGCAUGCUCACUUGGUGCUUGGUUUUUGGAGGUGGAAGCUAAAGUUUUGGAAGCUAAAUCACUUAUAGAUGUCAAGUGUUCAGUCACAGUGUCCUUUCUGCUUAAUCUAAACUUUAAAAAAUUAACACCUCCACUCUUGUAGUUCUGAAGUGUUGUUUCUUUUUCUUUUGGUUCAAAGUGCGUUUGGCUUUUGGCAUCUGUUUGGACAAAAUCCUCUUGUCUGCCUUCUUAAUUCCUUAAAAGACUUAAAUUAAUCUCGUGUUAACAGUCAUUGUGCAGGACCGGGUCAGGCUGGCAUCCAGGUACAGCUCAACAAGCUCUUAACAAGCUUUAUUAGCUUGUUGAUGUUAACCUCUAAGACAUUUACUGUGAUUUAUCUCGCUGGUACAAACUGUUUGGACCAAAAAUGACUUUCUUGGAAAUAAAGAAAGAGAUUUGAAAACUUUUAAAAGUAUAAGUAGGGAGGAUUAUACUCCAGUAAGUUAGUAUAAAAACUUUGGUAAAUGAAUGAUCUUUCCUCUUUUAUGGUAACCUAUUGUAUCGCAGUGUUGAGGUUUAUAAUUUCCAUAUGCUUGAAUAUUUUUGAGUGCUGUUGCAGGAAAAAUGGACCCAGCCGUAGCCUCCUGAAGAGGCUGCUCCUCUUUCUCAAAUGCAGAGGUCCCAUUUCAAUAUGAAUAAUUAAUCACAUUGUACCAUCGCUCCCCCUCAGUGUUGUAGCUGAAUGUCUAAUACUAUAAAAUAUUAAACAUUUAGCUGAAGUCCCAUGUUUUCUAGCACCAGAAACAUGUUUAUAAUGAAAGGUAAGACAAAAACGAAAAAAAGAAUCACCUUUCUGAUUUCUAGCCAAGCAUUUAGCUCAAAGAAGUAACUCUGGCCUGCGUCUGAUUUGAAAAAGUGAUGGAGUAAAUCUUGUUGGCAGUGGGGACUUUACUAAGAGUAACACAUGUGAGAUACUCUGACAGCAUCUACAUUUUAACUAAACACAUGUUGCUAUUAGUCAAAUUCCUACACAGGCUGCUGUUUGUUUCAGAGGAGGCAAAAUACUCAUAAAAAAACUCUGCAAACAAAAGAACAUAUAGUUAAGCACAAUAGAUACAUCUAACUAUAUUUGACAUCAGAAUUUGUUCCAAUAUGUCCCAUCUCUAUAUUUUUGUUUUGGUUGCUGUCACCGCAGAACACCUGCUUUAUAAAGAUUUAUGUGCCGAUCCACCUUAAUUUUUUUUAACCGAAUAAUCAUCAUGGUGAAAAUAAGACUCUAAUAAAGCCAUAUCUGAAGUCGGGCUUUAAGUCUUUUCUUCAACAUGCAGAUUUCUUUUUCCUGGAAGUGUUCGAUUCUUCUUUUGUCUCUUCAUUGGGUCUUUCUCCUUUCAAAAGAAGCUUGUUUUUCACUCAUUUUGCAUUUAGGCUCAAUGUUUUUGGCAUCAGCGCUUUGACAGUGACAGAUACGUGUCAAGUCUUGAUGUCCAAGAUGGAUUUGGAAGGUGGAGAAUCCAUUAUUUUUAAAAAUAUCGUCAAAAAUGAUCGUUAAAAAAAGGAGUUAUGAAAAAAUGUGUGUAUUAAUCCUGUCUGGUGCAGUACCAGUGAAUCCACAGCUGCUGAAUUACUGAAUAAAUAUGUCUGUGUUUCUUUCACAGCUACUCCACAGCUUAUGCUGAGUCGGACUACACAGACAGAGACACAGACAGGGAGGAGCCGGAGCCUCAGCCGGAGUCCGAGGAAGAGGAGGAGGAGGAGGACAAGAGCUGUGCUACUGUCCUCACCCUCCGCCAGGAAGACUCCCAGGAGGACGAGGUGGAGGAGAGAGGGUUAGAGGAAGAGGAGGAGGAAGAAGAAGAAGGAGAGACGGAGAGGCAGACUGAUAUUCUGACGGAGGUCCCCAGUGGAGAGCUGGCUCUCCUGCUGGCUCAGAGCGACAUCCUCCACACAGGAGACGCACGUUUGAAAGCUGAAGGUUUUCAGCUGCUGCUGGAGAACAGAGCUGAGGUGAGGGGCCUGGAUACACCUCGUAAAUGAUGGUUAACCAAGUGUGAAGAAGUUAAUUCUGUUGCACAGUUGCUUCAUUUUUAAAUAAUACAAUAUUCAUAAAGCACUUUUCACACAAGAAUUGAGUUCAUGGUGCUCCAACUCCUCUUAUCCAAUCUCACCCACACACACCUACACCUCUGUACUCCCUCUGACCACACACUACUCCAUCUACCUCUCUCUGUUGCUCUCUCCCUGUGUGUGUUACAAUUUCUUCUUCAUCAUAUAUGAAACAAAAUCACCCAGACUCAUCUUUUUAACUAACUGACUACGUUUUUCUGACUCUGUGUCCUCAGUAUGGAGACAGCAGGGAGUUUUUAUGGCGUCUGGCUCGAGCUUACCGUGACAUGUACGAGUCUGCAGAGGACAAACAGGAGAAGAAGAACUACGCACAGCAAGGUGAUGCACACACAGACUUGAAGACUUCAUUCAUUAUUCUUCAUCAUCACAGCGAAUCUAACCUUUUUAUUGAUCUGGGAGUCUGAUUAAAUCGAUUUGAAGUCUUGUACUGUGAUUUUUCGUCACUGACCUGAGCGCUGGUGUUGCAGGUCGACAGGAGGCAGAGCUGGCUUUGAAGAAAAAUGGCCUGAACGCCGAGUGUCACAAAUGGUAAGAUGGUGAAACAAGCGCUAAAGUAGACAUCCAUGGUUACAUGAUCGUGGUGGUUUUUUCUGCUCACUCAAACAUGCCUCAAUCUACCACAGACUUUGUCCAUUAAUGCUUUCGUUUGAGACGGCAGCACUCACAACCUCAAUCUCAGAGCACUUAUCGCCGGCAUGAUGUGCUGUUGCUGGGUUACAGAAGUUAUCCCGCAGCACUCAAUCUUCCCUGAGUCGUGACCAUUCGAUCCACUCUGAAGAUGCGAAUGCUUGAAAUGUACUUUAAUUCAACGGCAUCUUAAAAUGAAAGCUCAAAAACAGCUGAUAGAGGUUGUGUGGCAGCAUGAGCAGCAGCUCUAGAUCUGGAAAUUGCAGCUUGAAAACUGAGUGAGUUUCUCUAUAUGGACACCUGUCAUUGUUGUUGACAGGGUUGAUAUUAGGGGUGGAAGUGUCAUAAUUUUUUGUUUUAGAAUUUGUUUAAUUUUUUUGUUGUUCAAAAAUCAUUUUUUUUUUCAAAUUUAAGAAUAAAGGUCCUUACACACCGGGACCAAUGCAAAUAUAGAACGCGAAAUUACGACGCGUCCCAGGUGGCACUAGUGUUGAGAUGACCGUCUGUCAUGAUAGCAUGUACUGAGUCGGGGCCAGUACCAGAUAAGCACAUUAAACUAUAAUCCAUAAACGUAAGGUAACAACCGAGACCUAAUGGUGCUGUGACAGCAACGCUGUGAUUGAGUUUGAGAGUGAAAAUACAUAUGGUAUGUUGUAUCUGAACAGGUUAGCUUACGAGCUAAAGUUACUUAGCACAGAUGAAAGUUAAAAUAAAGACGUUUAGCAAACUGUUAAAGCACACAGAUGAGAAAUCUGACACUAUGACUCUCCACAAGUCGUCCUUCAGGUCGUUAUCUUUGUAAUAUUUGUGUUUUUUAUCAAAUAGCACUCUGUUCUCCGACACGUAAACAAUCAGCCGGUCGGCCAUGUUGGAUAUACAUCUGAUGUUGCAACAACACGAAAUCUGAUUGGUCAGAAGUGGACACACAGUAUGCGAAACCUUAGAAAAUUCGACCGUGAUACGAAAAAAUAAAUCCCGCGAUAUCGCAAGACGGGAAAAUGUUGGUGAUGUGAACGCUUGUAUUGAUAGGAUACGGGUUCGAAAAAAAAGAUUGAUGUCUGAAAUAAUCGCACGCAAAAAAUGGUCCCGGUGUGAAAGGACCUUAAAAUCGAGGAAAUGGACAAUAUGGUAGAAUCGCAUUUUAAAUCAAAUCGGCAUCCCAAAAAAAAUCGUAGAAAAAUUGAAUCGGGAGAAAAGCAUAUCGUUCCAGCCAUGGUUGAUAUCAAAAGUCCCGCCCCUUCUGAUUUUUUUAUAGUUGGUGAUUGAGAUGCGACACUAACCAGUUGAAUUAUUUUCAACUGAGAGCACUGAGUACCAAGGGACCUAAACUGUCGCUGUGGGUGUUUUUGAGCUGAGGACACUGAGAUGCUGAAUUAUAUGGAGUAUGAAAUCAAGUCAUAUUGUAAUGAGAAUAAAGCUGUGAUAAAAUCAAAGGCUGAUGUAGUUAUGACAUUACAAGAUGUUUGAAGUAGUCAAGAUUCAUCUUUAAGUGGCUGAAAAUGUAUGUGUCUGUGGGAAACAGUGUAACUAUCCUGUCUCUGUCUGCAGGCUGGCUGUGCUGACAGGACUCACCACCCAGCAUGAGAGCAUGCACAGCAAACUGAAGAGCAGCCACAUUUUAAAGGUGACCCUGGUGUCAGUGAUCCGUUGUUCAUUUGAAUCAUAAAGAUGUAAAACAGAGUGUGACUCCUCCUCCUUCUCCUCUCAGGAGCAUCUGGACCGAGCCAUCGCCCUCAGAGAUGAUGACCCCAUGUGUUUCUACCUCCUCGGCAGGUGGUGCUACGAGGUGAGACUAGAGGCUGUUUUUUAAAUAAUGAGCGACUUACACUAGUUUGUUAGUCAGAAUUCAUUUGUCGUUUUGACGGCUGUGAAAAAUCUAACCCUGAGACAGCCCUCAAUGCUGAAACUAGAUGUGUUUGUGUGUGCAGGUCGCCACUCUGGACUGGUUGGAGAAGAAGGCAGCUGCUGCCGUCUAUCAGACCCCGCCCACCUCCACGCUGCAUGACGCCCUCGAAAACUUCCUCAAGGUACCACGCUGCUGCAGUAGAUCUGCUGCGUUCGAGUUACCUUCGAAGUCAGAUGUCGAGCUGAAAAUGACGUCACACCGAGUUACCAGCGUUUCAGUUACAAAGUCGGAAAAAAGCAAAAGGGGGCGGAAACAAGAUGGCUACAUCUACGAAAGUUAUUUUAGCUCUUGCCUUGUCUGAAUAUAAGGAUAGGUGCUAAAAUAACUUUCGACUUUUUUCGACUUGGUAACUGAAACGCCGGGAACUCGGGUGUGAUGUAAUUUUCAGUUCCGACAACUGACUUCCAAAGUAACUCAAAUGCAGCAAAAGUAAAUAGCCAAGUGGAUAUUUGAUCUUCAAAUGAUUUCUUUUAAAUGUACCAUCUUUUUCUUGUGUGAACUUGCAGGCUGAGGAACUCAGUCCAGGAUUUUCCAAAACCGUGAGACUUUACAUCGCCAAGGUAAACAGUUGGUUACCACAGAGUCAUGCGAUAGAUCACAGAAAAGGACAACAACAAACGAAAGGGACAGAUUUAGAGAAACCAACAAUUAAUAUGUGCUAGGCUGCUUGAUCAUGGCAAAAAUCAGAACCACAAUUAUUUAAAUGCCUUAAAACCUCAAAUUGAUGAAAUUGAACGAUACGUUCUGGCACUAAAAGCAUCAAUCCUUCACUUCACAAGCUUUGUCUCCAUUUUGAUGAUGGGACUCGGUAAACUUGAUGCCAGAAUUCAUGUUGCCCCCAGUUUUAAAGUGGUUCGACAUGAUUGUAAGGACUGUACAUACUCUCUCACCAUCCUCAUCUUGUUUUCCGACCUGCAGUGUCACCAGGAGCUGGGAAACAUCUCUGAGGCCACAAAUUGGACCGAGCUGGCUCUGAAGAUGGACACCAACGACGAUGAUGUAACAACACUUUUCCUGUGUUAAUACAAGACUUUGGUACCUUUGUACCCGGGUCCUAUUUUGGUCUUAAUGAGACAGAUUUUUUAUUUGAGACCUCAAAAUUCUUUUUUCUUCGUUUACAGGAUGAAGAAACAUCCAAACUGGAGUCUCAGCUUCGAGUCUUAACCAACAGAAAGAUCUGAACUCAUUGAGCAGAAGUCUCUCAUUGGCUCCUCAGCCGUCUCAUUAUCCAAUCAGACAUGCUCGGCACUUCCUUUUCGUUCCUCUCCUAUAACCAGUUGAUAUUUCCGUCAUACUGUCACUGUGAAAUAAAUUAAGAGAUUAUUGAUGUAUAUUAAUUUUUUGCAAACUUUAAUUGAGUCACUUUAACAGAGUAAUAUAUAUUGUAAUGUACAUGCCAUUUAUUCUGUUCUUCAGUGCUUUUUUUUAACACUUUGUUUGCCUUUUUAACCGAUUAGCACGGUCACAUAAAUGUAAUAUAGUUUAAAGGAACAGUUCAACUAAAAACAAAUAUUUUGGGGGUAAACUCAGAGAGUAAAUUGUAAGAAAAAUAUCCAUACAGACAGAUCGACCUUUGAUUAUAUUUGGUCAUGGUUAUUUUUGAUUCUUUGCCACCAAAAGAACUCACUGGAUCCAAAGCUUGUUAUCGGCAAAUGGAGUCAAUAUCUCGCGAUGUAAAAGGGAGCGAAGUUGUUCACCAUGUGGGAAUUUUACUGAUACUGAUGUGAAGAGAAAACAGAGCUCCAGUUUGAUCAGGGACGUUUGAAAAGCUUUAAAAAACCUAGAAACAAAACUAAAACUCUAUUCUUGAUGGAUUAAAAAUUGAUGAACGGCUCCAUUUCAGCUGCCCAUGGUUGGUGUGUGUGUGUGUGAUGUGGAAACAAAGUGAUACUGUCAUAUUUUGGUGUUUAUUUUAAAUACUGACCCUCAGUAACAAAGAGUAAAAAGAAGCAGCUGUGUUGGACCAUUUCCAGUCGGAUGUUUUGCAGGGAUUUAAUGUGAGGAGUGAUCUGAUUGGUGUGUUUGAAAAGAUGACACUGAUUUUUUUUUUUGCCUUUAAUUUUGGAGUAACUUAUUUUUUUGAUGUGAAAGUGAAGCUGCUGUUUGUUUUGUAUUUUUUCCAUUUUUGUUCUGAUGUUUUGAAGUUAUUUUGCAGUCACAGCUGUAGCUGACAUGUUUAAUACCCAUAUUAUUCUAUACCACCGUAAAGAGGUAAACAUGCACUUGACUGACACCUGGUUUACAUGAAAUAAAGUUUUUGUUUUUUAAUCAUUGAUCUGUCGUUGUAUUUCUCUUACAGCCUGAAUCGCUGAUCCCUGAUUGGUCAAAACUGCCUGUACUGAUGGUUAUUCUGACCUCAUUAUUGUUGAUUAAUCUGUUUUGAUGAUAACUUUGCAAUUUUGUUGUAAUUUUAUCAUGACUUUUUCCUCAUAAUUUUGACUUUUCAUAUUAUUAUUAUGAUGCCUUUUUUUCUACUAAUUACUACUUUUUCAUCCUAAUUGAAAAUUUUAAUUUCAUAAUUUCAUCUCUAAUGAUUAUUGUUUGCAUAUUUAGUUGGCAGCUGGAUAAUUAACAUGAUAAUGUCAAGGAUGUGUCUUGUCUCACCCUGUCUGUACUAAAUUCAGCAUGACCACAAGCUGAUGAUGCAUAACGAUAUGAAGCCCUUUCAUGAUGCUGUUAACAAAACAUGGCAGUUUAAUAGUAAAACAAAUUUAAUUUAGCGACAAAGCUUUUUUUACAGAAGGUUAUAAUACAAACAAACAGAAAGGAGAGAAAAAAAAGCAACAGUGGUGACGUCCAAAACACUACUUCAAAGAAGUUACAUGAGCUGAAUUAUAGGAUUAGCGUCAACAACAAAAUGUGAAAACCUAUAGAGGAAGAUUUCGCCUGUGUCACGAUAGUGUUUUUGCCCAUUUUUUAGAUUUAAACAGUCUUGAAACUUUUGUAUUUCUACGCUUAUUUGUUACAGGAAAAGUGUUUGUUGUUGUAAUGGAGAUUUCAGCCACAGAGCGCUGAAGUGCGUCUACAUUUCUCAGAAAAGGUGCCAAAUAAACUUUUCAAUCUUC